GCUACGAUGUUUUGAUUCAUCAAUCGGGUGCAUAAGGAAAGGUCUUCAUUCUGCAAUGUGUAUUGCCCGGGCACAGUAGCAGGUAUCGGGGUGGAGGGCAGCUAGAAAACAAUGGAUAUAUGUAAUUAGGCACAUUGUGGAUGUAUGCAAUUUUACGAACAUUCUAAAGAAUCGGCUCAAUUUAUCUAUGAUAAGAUUUAGCGGUUCUCCGUCAAACAAGCUUGGACCUAUCACCUGCAUUAUAGUACAGGUGAAAAACGGUUUAGCGGGAGGCAGCUAGUCGUGAGCAGAUUUUACCGGGCUCAAAAGUCACCCACAGGUUUUUAACCUACACUUGCUAUAAGAAACGUUACACCCCCACCGCCAAGACGAAGUACCCACAAGCUUACACAGUCCAGCGGCACCAGCAGCUGACUGUCAAGAUGCCGGCCAACAAACGAGACACUUUGGCUGUCAAGUUCAGACAAAACUGGAUGAACAAGUAUCCACUAGAUACAUGCAGCAAUGGAGGCCUCAAUCUGGACGACAGUCUUACCAGCCUCAACUGGCUGCAGAACCUCAACAUCAUGAAAAUCACAACACCAACCCCACCUCCAAGUCCAGGCCCUGCCCCAAUACUGAUGGCAGAGACAAACAACAACAACAACUAUAAAAAUCUCAAAGUGAAUCCCAACGCUGUGCUUAAUGUCUCCUGUGCUCCUCCACAGUGCAAACUGGAGACCAAAUUCCACUUGGCAGAUUCCGCCCCAACCACGCCCACCUCCCUGGGAGGGGACACAAUUGACUACAAGACCAACCCAUAUGUAAAGCCACCAUACUCUUAUGCCACACUCAUUUGCAUGGCCAUGAAAGAAACCAAGAAAAGCAAAAUUACAUUGUCAGCAAUUUACAACUGGAUUACCGACAACUUCAUGUACUACAGAUUAGCUGAUCCAAGUUGGCAGAAUUCUAUCCGUCAUAAUUUGUCCUUGAACAAAUGUUUCCAAAAAGUGCCACGAAGAAAAGAUGAGCCCGGAAAGGGAGGUUUCUGGAGAAUCAAUCCAGAUUACAAUGACAUGAUUGAAAAUGGUAUUUUCAAAAAGCGAAGGAACAGUCGAGAUGCUGCCUGUCCCCCACCUCUCAAAAAAGUGAAAAGAGAGGAUGAUGAUAGUAUGUCUAGCUGCAACAGUCUUAUAAACUUCAGUAAAGUUUCCAAAAAAGGACAGAAUGGUCUAAAUAUUCUGUUCCCUGGUCAGGAGGACGAUUCGCUAAAAGGAGAUUUCAACUGGACCUCCAUAUUGAAUCAAGACAUUGAAAUUGGUGGUAUACGAGUGAAAACCGAGGAUUUAUUAGACAAUACAAGUGAACAAGAUCUAAGUCCUUCAGCAGCAAUGAGUCCUCCAUCAUCAGAGGCUAAUUCAGACGAUUUCAGUAUAGAGGACUUGUUUGGUCAGGCUGACCUAAGCUCAGAUGUUCCACUUGACUUUACCACAGAAAAUCCUUUAGAUCUUACAGUAACAGGACAACCUAUCAAAGCUCCCCAGUGGUGGGAGGAAAGUUUUAACCUCAGUGAACAGCAAGGAUUGUUAAAAGCAGCAGCCGAAGCCAGUAGUGGUCUUCAUACUCCUAUCCAUACCACCCCCUCCCCUGUUACAAUCAAGGACGAUUUGGACGAUGAAUUAGCACAUCCGUGGGCAGAGUCCGGGGGUUUUGCGGACAUUGGAGAAGCAUUUGAUGUUGACAAUUUGUUUGAUAUUGGAAAUAUUCCUAGUCCCCGUGUAAAUUAUCAAGAAUAAUGUGGGAUUAAAUUGGCCAGAUUUGGGACAUUUUAGUGCAUAUUUUGCUCACAGUCUCCUCAUUAUGGGAAAAAGGGGAGUUGAAUAUGUCAUGUAAUAAAUUUAUUGACCAGAGCAACAGAAUGUUGGUCAGGUCACACUGAGGCAGUUCUGUGAUAUACAAUGAAUUAAAAAAGGCUGUGUUUUGUGAGUUGAGCGAGCUAGAUUUAACCUUGAAAAGGACUGUUGUCACCCGUGUGUUUGUAGCCUGCAAAGUGUGAACAUAGUUUUAAUUAUUAUUCUUUCAAAUCUGGAAGGUCUUUAUAAAAGAUUAAAAAAAAGGUUUUCAUUUUUAGCGGGUACAUAAAAAAUGAAAUUUUUAAAUGAAAACUGAUUUUUUUUGGCUUUAUUUACUAGUAUUUGGAGGAAAUGGUCAGUAUUUUGGUACC